AUGGCAUCCUCAUCCAUCACGCCCCUCAGCCUCUCCUCACCGUUCUCUCCGACGCCGAUCCUCCUCUCCCCGAGCGCAGUCGCGUCGCUCGGCGUCGCGACCCGCCGCCAGGGGAAGAAGCCCGGCGCCUUCGCCACCGCGGCGGCGGUGAAGGCCAUGGGGGGCGGAGGCGGCGGCGGAGGGAAGUACAAGGGGACCCAGAUGAGGGAGAGGAGGCUGAGGGAGAUGAUAGAGGAGAAGGUGGCGGAGGCGAAGGAGGCGUGCGAGGGGGAGGCGGCGGCGUCGGCGGAGUGCCGGGUGGCGUGGGACGAGGUGGAGGAGGUGAGCCAGGCCAAGGCCCACCUCCGCCUCAAGCUGGAGGUGCUGCACCAGGACCCCCUCGAGUCCUUCUGCGGCGACAAUCCCGAGACCGACGAGUGUCACGUCUACGACGCCGACGACGACGACGAGUGAUCGUGUGGGUCACUUGGUGGACGGUGACGAAAAGGAUCGGAGAACGUCGGCCGUUGGAUGGAUGUUGCCCCCCGACUGUGAUUGUGGAGAACAUAGCGAAACCCGAACCGAAUGCGUGUAAAUAUAUUUACUUCUUGGGUGUGUAAUGCAGCUCGUGUUUACAUUUACGCUGGACGACUUGCCUUUGUUUUA